UUCUCAACCUCUAACCAAACACAACAACUGUAUAUAAAUAAAUAAAUAUAUAUAUAUAUAUAUUAUUAUUGUUUUUCUAUAUACCUAUAAUCUUUCUGUCUUUAAUUACACAAAAUGGAUCAUUCUCUGAAAUCAUCAAGGGGCAAAGUAGUACCUACAACCACCAUCACCACCACCAAAAACCAAAGUUGUCAAGAAGAAAGUGGAUGGACAACAUACUUUGAAGAUUUCUCAAAAGGAAUUGAACCAAGUUAUUGUUCAAGUUUAGGUGGUGGUUCUUCUUUGCUUUCAGAUGCUGCUUCAAAUGCUGCAUGGAAAUUUUCACAUCAUCAUAAUCAUCUUGUUGCAUCAAAGCUACCAAAGAAACUUUGUUUCAAGAAAACAAGAUCUAAAAUGAUAUCAGAUGAUGACCCUUUAGAGGAUACUGCUAGCUCUCCUGUUAAUAGUCCCAAGGUGAGAGACUUGAGUCCCUCUGAAAUUGCUUCUAGGAAGAUUGAUGAUCAACUACAAGGUUCUAUGGGUAAAGGGUUCACAUCAUCAGAGAAUUAUUCAGAGUUGCUACAGAUGGAUGAUAAGCAUGAACUUAAUAAAUUUUAUGAUGAAAAGAAUAUUGAUUGCACAGAGUUGAAGAAAAGAGGGCUUUGUUUGGUUCCUUUUCCCUUGUUGGUUAAUUAUUUGGGGUGAUCAUGACUUAUACUUUUGUCUAUAUCCUACAUCUAUUUGUCUCUUUUUCUUUCUGUUCUUCUGAUGUGUGGAUGAAGUUAUGGAACUAUAUACUAUAUAGUUCUCAAUUCAGUUGAAAUGCAAUUUAAAAGUUUUAGAGGUGUAUGUAAGAUCCUGCUGCAAUUGUCAUGGUUUUAAAUUAUGGAUGUAGCUAUGCUGUAAAUUAUUAUAUUGUGGUAAAAUGUGAUUAAAAUUUGCCAUUGUAAUGUCGUUGUAGAAACUUAAAAAUCUAUGAUAUUGUAAUAGCCAACAAUAAUUACAGUUGUGAACUGCAAUUUAAAAUCAUGACAAUUGUAACUAUGAAUCUUAUUUGUAUGUAUUUUGUUACAAUAUCAAAA